GAUAAAUCUAAAUAUACAUUACUUUUUCCAUCGAAAUCGACUUCUCUACUAUUGUUUAGAAAAACUAGAGCAAGCAAAGUGAAACCAAUAAAUAUAUGAAAAAAGCAAAUUAGGAACAAUAUGGAAGUGUUGGACAGUAACUCUCAAUUAAAAGAAUCUGAAGUUCAAUCUGCUGAAAUAAACUACAACUGUCGCCUUCCGAGGGAUAUAAAUUUAGGAGUAAAUCCUGGUGUCAAAGGUAAAGGUGAAGCUGAUAUCAAUCUAUUAGUAGCCUGUAAAGUUCAGCUUUCUUCUGAAGUCAUUCGAUGGAAAACUGAAACUCUGCGUUUACAAAAGGAACGAGACUGUGCCCAACUGCAAUCUAAAGAACUUGAUCAGAUGGUAGUAAAAUUGAGAGAAAAGACUAGAGAAUUAGAAGAUCGUCUGAUGCAAGCUGAAGAUGAAAAGAGGCAUUUAAAAUCUACAAGUUUCAAUGUUGAAAAGGAAAGAGCAUGCUUACUUCAAAAACUUAACUAUAGCAUUAAUAAAUGCAGUUCAUUGGAAAGUUCUUUGAAACCUGAAGGGUCUCGGCCACAAGUUCUCGAAUCUAGGAAAUUUGGGUUGACACCACAAGAAGAUUGGAGGGAGGUUUCACAGAAAAUGCUCCAGCAAAUGAAGAAUGAAAUGAGGGAACUCCAAGAAAUGAGUGUUCAGUAUCAUGCUUUAGAAAAAGAAAAUUCACAAGACAUUUCAAAUGAAACAGAUGUAGAUAAUAAAGAAGUAAAAAUAGAACUUUCUAAUUUACUCUGUGAGGCACAGUCAAUGAAGCAACAAUUUCUUGAGCAGAGAAAGAAAUUAGAAUUGAUUCUUCAAACUGUUAUUUCUGGUGGUUUUUCUAAGCAAGAUCAGGUAUUCCUUAAUAAAUCCAGAGAUAUGGACUCUUUAUAUGCUGAUGUACAGAGUUUGGCCUCUUCUAACCCCAGAAGAAUGUCAGCAGAGGAUUAUCGUCUUCAUUUUAGUAAACAACUUGAAAAUACAAGUGAUGCAAAGAAAAUGGCUAGAAAAGUGCAGAAUUUUCUGAAAAGUCCAGACUUGUGUGUUUUUCCAAAAGAUUCGACUGUGACUGCAAAAGAUCUGAACUCUUCAGAUCGCUCUCACUGCUUUCCAGAUAAAGCUGAAGUGGCUUCAGCAAUGAAAAUUGAAGAUUCAGAAAAGGUUUGCCCUAUUUGUCAAAUUACUUUUAGGGCAUCCAUUUCACAAACUGACUUUGAAGAGCAUGUUGUAAAUCACCUGGAGAGAGAAAGUGCUUCUUUACUUGAUCAGUAUGUCAUUGUGUGAAAAAAAAAACAAAAAACCUGUGGUGAAUGCCAUUGUUGCAUAUUAUAUCUUAAUAAUAUCCAUAUACAAUAAUAUAGAAUUAUUUUUUAAAAACAGUUUGCUAAAUUGCUUUAUAUAGUUACUUUUAUAUGUUGCAUUAUAUAUCUAGAUAUUCCAAAGAUAUUAAAAUCUAUUAAAACAUUUUACUUAUUUUAAUUUUUUUAAUUAUAGAUUUAAAAUAUCUGCAUCAUUUAAUCAGUUUUUAGUCGGUACUGAAUUGUUGUGUAAUAAUCAGUUAAAAUAACCUUUUUAAAAAGUAAUAAUUUAUUUGUUCCUCAAUUUGUAUUUUUUGCCCUAAAAUGACCUAGUAAUGUUCAGUUUUGUUAUUUUUUUACUGUCAAAUUGAAUUCCAAUUGAAAUAGUCAGUUCAUGUGUUUAAAGAAUCAUAAUCUAAAAAUUUAAACAUGCUAUUAAUACAAAAUAGUUUUCUUCAGUUUUGUAUGUUUUUAUUACAUGUGAAUCUAAUAAUUAAUCCGUUAAAUUUCAAUCAAUCUUCAACUCUGAAUUGAAAUAAUUUUUAAGCUAGUAUUACAAACUUGAAAAAACAUGGAAAAUAAAUUUAAUGAGUAUUGUUUCCAAAGUACGAAUUUUUAGAGGUUAUAGAGUAGCAAAGUCUAAUAAAAAUAACCAUUUUUAAAAAUUGCAUUGAACACAACUUUCAGAUUUUUUUUUAAUCAGAUCUUUUAUUAUUAUUCCAUAAUUUAGGAAAACUUGAAUAUGAUUUGUACUUAGAUAUCCAAGAUUUUUUAAUGUUGAGGAUUGUAUCUGAAGAAAUCGUGUUCAAGUUUUAAAUACUAAUUUUUAAUUAGAAUAUAUAUUCCUUCGUUGUGCAAGAUGGUUGGUUUGGAAAGCAUUGAAAAGGGGAAAAAGGCAAAACAAUUUUAAGCCCACUCUCAUUGGCCACAUUUAUAGCAGUAUGCAAUUAGAAGUUAUUUCAUUUCAAAGCUAAAAAUGAAUGAAAUAUUUUGCUGCAUUUAAUCUGCAAUAUGAAUUUUCUUUUUGAAGAAAAAAGUUUCAUUGAGAGAAUUCAUAUCAUUUUAAAUAAUGAUCAUUUAUUUGUUUCCAUGUUGAAAAAAUUGUGAUUAUUUCUUAAGCAAUUUUUUAGAUCUAAGUAACUGAGCUAUUCUCAAAUAAGUAUAUUGUUUUUUAAAUGUUAAUUAUUAUAAUAGUUGAUUUAAUUGUUUUUUCUAUCCAAUAAUCAAUAGAUUUGGUAAUAAUUUUGGAAAGCCCAUUGUUUUAUUUGUAACAUGACAUAUAUGGGACCAAUAUUUUUUAAGUUUCUAUAUUUUUAUAUAUAUGAUUAUUAAGAUGAUUUUUAUAUAUAUUAGAUCUGAAAAAGAUACAAAUUAGUUAUACUUUUACAUGAUUAUGUAAUGUAGAAUGUUCAUUUAUAAAAAAAGAGACAUGUACAUAUGCAUGUUAUGACUGUUUAAUUUGAUAGGAAAGAAAAAAAAAAGUAUUAUUUUGUUAUCUAGUUAAGUUUUUUUUUUUUUUUAACCGGUUAAAAAAUGUCUCAAAAUUUAUGAACUGGAAUUUUAUUUUUACCUUCGUUUACUACAAAAAAGGAUUGGCAGGUUCCUGGUUCCGAGAUUCUUAACAGUUAUAAAAUUAAUUACUUAUUUAAAAGAAAAAUUAAUAAUGAUUCAAAAUUUAAAAUGAUGAUUAUUAUUUUAAGAAUCAUAGUCUAUGUUUUACUACAUUUAAUUAUUACAAAUGAAUUUUGAAAUUACUUUGAUCAUGUUAUCCAUUAAAAAUUGACAAAAUUCUGUUUAGCAUUAACCUAUCAAUAAAAACAAUUGCUCCACUUUUUGAACUAGAUUAAUGAUUAUAUUUUUCAUUGAUUUUUAAAAAUUUGAACAAAAUUUUCUUUUAAUAAUGCCACAAAUUAUUUUUCAAAUCAAAAAUUUCUUGGAGGAAUCAAUAUGUUAAUUAUAAUUUAGACAAAAUGUUUCAUUACAACGAUCUAUUCUUAAAGUAUUUUUUUCAGUUGAUAAUCUUUAAUAUAAAACAACUUUAUCAUGCAAUUAUUUCUAUACAAAAUAUAAAUUUCUGUCAUAUAAAACAAUAAUUGUAACUCUACUUCCAUUAUUAGAGCAUAAUUAUUAAUAUAAAUAGAACUGUAAACUGAUGUUACAGAAUCCCUUUUAACUGCAUUACAUCAAGAAUUGAUUUUGAAGAUAUUAUUUGACAUUAAGCUGAUGAAAAUCAACUAAUCAAAGUAUCUAAAAUUUUCUGUUUAAAUAUAAUUAAUGUUCAUGGCUUAUAUGCAGUUUGUCAAUUAAAUAUAUUUCUUAUAACCUUUUCAUUUACAAUUUCCUUUUUAAAAACCGUACUGUGAAAUGAUUGUGAUUUAUUGUAUUUAUGUUAAUAUAUAAUUCAGUUUACUUUUGAAACUAUAAUAUUAAUAUUUUCAAUUCAUUGAUGACCUGAUUUUUGAUCUCAUGUUCAAUGAGCUUUGGUAUUUACAGAUGUCGAGUCCUACAAUUACUAAUUUUCAUUUCAUUUAAUAUUUUUUUUUCUCCUUAAGGUAUCUUGAUUUCUAUUGUAAUAAGUUUCUAAUUUAUGAAAUUACCUUUAACAAGCAAGGAUUUACACAAAUGAUCCAGGGUUACUAGAUGAUUUAUGCAAGUUUCCAACAGUGCCUUGUACAUUUAGGAUAUAGGGUAAAAAUUAACAAUUGUGUUUGUUUAUAUGCUAUUAGUCAGAAGCUUUUUUUUAUAUUAAAAAAAUACUUGUAUUUAAUCUGGAAUAAGUUCCUGUGUUUUACUAUAUGCUGAUGAUAUGUUUAAAAGAGUUUAUAAAAAUAAAAGCUUA